UUCAUGCGCUUCAUGUUUCCUUUGCUUCGUUUUAUCGCUCUCCUAAUCGGAGAUGGCGAGGUCGAGCCCUGCUUCUUACGCGCUUCCGUUCUCUGCAUCUUCCUCCUUUACGUCCCAUGGCAGUUCUCAUAAGGGAAUCUUUACGGUGAAAUGGAUUCGUCGAUCGGAUCUCCGCUUACCAAUAUCGCCCAAAUAUACUGAUUCCCCUUUUUCUCUAGUCUCUUCUUAUGGUUACAGCUGCGUUUGCUCCGUGAAGAACCCUGCUGUGAAUCCUGUCAGUGGAAGGAAGCCCUCGGAUGGAAUUUUGAAGUUUCCGUCCUCCUCAGAAUGCGAUGUUAGCAGUAGCAUAUGGAAUUGGCGAGGCUAUCGUAUACGUUAUCAGUCUUCCGGAAAAAAUGGCCCUGCACUGAUUUUAAUUCAUGGUUUUGGAGCGAACAGUGACCAUUGGAGGAAAAAUAUUUCUUUUCUUUCAAAGACAAAUAGGGUGUACUCAAUUGAUCUUAUUGGUUAUGGUUAUUCGGAAAAACCAAAUCCUCGGGAUUUUGAGGCAAACUCUUUCUACACCUUUGAAACAUGGGCAGCUCAGCUAAAUGACUUUUGUGCUGAUGUGGUGAAAGAAGAUGCAUUCUUUAUAUGCAACUCUAUUGGAGGGGUUGUUGGCCUUCAGGCAGCCAUUAUGGAGCCUCAAAUUUGUAAAGGAAUCCUCUUACUGAACAUCUCUCUAAGGAUGCUUCAUAUAAAGAAGCAGCCAUGGUAUGGAAGGCCAUUCAUCAAAUCAUUUCAGAGCUUGUUGCGAAACACGGAGCUUGGAAAAAUUUUCUACAAUGCAGUUGCCACAAAAGAAUCCGUGAAGAGCAUUUUGUUCCAGUGUUAUCAUGACAAGUCAGCCGUUACUGAUGAACUAGUUCAGAUCAUCCUUCAGCCUGGCCUUGAUCCAGGAGCAGCUAAUGUAUUUCUUGAGUUCAUCUGCUACUCCGGCGGCCCUUUACCUGAAGAUUUGCUUCCAAAAGUCAAGUUCAAAAUCUUUCAGUGCCCCGUUUUGGUGGCUUGGGGAGAUAAGGACCCUUGGGAGCCUAUUGAACUUGGGAAAGCCUUUGCCAACUUUGAAGCAGUUGAGGAUUUUGUUGUCCUACCUAAUGUCGGCCAUUGUCCUCAGGAUGAGGCACCAGAUCUUGUGAAUCCUCUGAUACAAUCAUUUGUAAAACGACAUUCUGAAGGAUAGGUGAGAAUUGCCUCAAAAUGCAGGAAAAAUUAUUAGGUGUGGAGCAUGCACCGUUUGCACAAGUACUGGGUACCGCUAGGUACCCAAUGCUUGUUACGGAUGGUUCUCCCCGUCCGCACUCCGCACCUAAUAAUCUCUCAAAAUGUAGAGAUAUUAUUCUGUGCAGCCUCCGAACGUGUUUAGAGGCAAAUACGGAUGCGCCACAUCAUUGGAUACGCUAGAUCCCAGUGACAUGGCGCAUACGGAUUCGUCUCCAGACGCAUUCGGACGUCGCAUAGAAUAAUUUUCCCAAAAUGCAGGGGUAAAAUCGCUUUUAUGUUACAACUUAUCUCUUUUUACUGCUGAUUCUUUUUUAGAAAGUCAAGUAUUAUUAAAAAAAAAAAAAGAA